AUGGGAUAUCAUACAAGGCUGACAAUGUUUAUUAUAGCAGGUUUGACUCAUGACCCACAAUUGAAAGUUGUAUUAUUUAUCUUCCUACUUUUCACCUACUUGCUAAGCAUCCCUGGCAACAUGAUCAUCAUCACACUCACACUGCUGGAUCCUCACCUCAAGACCCCCAUAUGUUUUUUCCUUUGGAAUUUCUCCCUCUUAGAAACUUCCUUAACUACUACAUACAUCCCUAAUUUGUUAGUUAUGAUGGCAACUGGGGACAAAAUCAUUUCCUACAAUUUCCUACUCAAGUGUCUUUUUGCCUUCCUUCUUGGAGCAUCUGAAUUUUACUUGCUGGCAGCCAUGUCCUAUGACCACUAUGUUGCCAUCUGCAAGCCCCUGCAUUACACCACCAUCAUGAACAGUAAAAUCUGCAUUCAGCUUGUCUUCUGUAGCUGGCUUGCUGGCUUCUUUACCAUCUUUAUACCACUCCUCUUAGGUCUACAUCUUGACUUCCGUGUCUCUAACAUUAUCCAUUAUUUUUACUGUGGCACAACUGCUCUCCCGCAGAUGUCCUGUUCUGACACACAGCUCAUCAAGAUGGUGAGAUUCAUUUCUGCUUCAGUGACUCUCCUGGUCACAUUGCUAAUGGUGAUAAUAUCAUACAUAUAUAUUGCAUUAACAAUUCCCAAUAUCCCUUCAACUAAUCAGAGAAUUAAAGCUUUCACAAUAUGUUCUUCUCACAGGAUUGUGAUAUCUCUUUCCCGUGGUAGCUGCAACAUUAUGUGUUUUAAACCUUCAGUCAAACAAAGCAUAUCCUUUUCCAAGGGAAUUGCACUGCUCAAUACCUGUGUUGCCCCACUUUUGAACCCUUUUGUCUACAGCUUACGGAACCAGCAAGUGAAAAAAGCCUUCAUGAAUAUGAUACACAGGGUUGUCUCUUUCUCAAACAAAUGA